GACCCGGAGCGCCCCGAGCCGGCUCGGGCAUGGCCGCGGAAUGAGCGCGGGGCCGCCGCGGGAGCCGGAACGGAAAACGGCGUCGGAGCCCGAGGCAGGAAUCAUGCCGGAGAAGCGCGCCGGAGCGCAGGCCGCGGGCGGAGGCUGGUUACAAGGCUUUGGCCGACCAAGUGUAUACCAUGCUGCUAUUGUCAUCUUCCUUGAAUUCUUUGCGUGGGGCCUGCUGACAACUCCAAUGUUAACUGUUCUGCAUGAAACAUUUCCUCAACACACAUUUCUCAUGAAUGGUCUCAUUCAAGGUGUAAAGGGCCUGCUCUCUUUUCUGAGUGCCCCACUCAUAGGUGCUCUAUCUGAUGUGUGGGGGAGAAAGCCCUUUCUCCUUGGCACUGUCUUCUUCACCUGCUUCCCAAUCCCACUGAUGAGGAUCAGCCCAUGGUGGUAUUUUGCAAUGAUUUCUGUGUCUGGAGUCUUCUCAGUCACGUUUUCUGUGAUAUUUGCCUAUGUUGCUGAUGUCACUCAGGAACACGAGAGAAGCACUGCUUAUGGAUGGGUCUCAGCCACCUUUGCUGCUAGUCUGGUCAGCAGCCCGGCCAUCGGAGCAUACCUUUCUGCCAGUUACGGAGACAGCCUUGUUGUGUUGGUGGCCACGGUGGUGGCUCUUCUGGACAUCUGCUUCAUCUUGGUGGCUGUUCCAGAAUCUCUUCCUGAGAAAAUGAGACCAGUCUCCUGGGGAGCUCAGAUUUCUUGGAAACAAGCAGACCCUUUUGCGUCACUGAAGAAGGUUGGAAAAGAUUCUACUGUCUUACUAAUCUGCAUCACCGUGUUUCUCUCAUACCUUCCUGAAGCUGGACAGUAUUCAAGCUUUUUCUUAUAUCUCAGGCAGGUCAUAGGUUUUGGAUCUGUGAAAAUUGCAGCUUUCAUAGCUAUGGUGGGAAUUCUGUCGAUUGUGGCUCAGACAGUCUUUCUUAGCAUCUUGAUGAGAUCACUGGGAAAUAAGAACACUGUCCUCCUUGGCUUGGGCUUCCAAAUGCUCCAGUUGGCCUGGUAUGGGUUUGGAUCUCAGGCCUGGAUGAUGUGGGCGGCAGGGACUGUGGCCGCCAUGUCCAGCAUCACAUUCCCAGCAAUCAGUGCCCUCGUCUCCCGGAACGCAGAGCCAGAUCAGCAAGGAGUUGCCCAGGGCAUCAUAACUGGAAUAAGAGGCCUAUGCAAUGGCCUGGGGCCAGCACUUUAUGGCUUCAUAUUCUACAUGUUCCACGUUGAACUGACUGAGUUGGGCCCAGAAUUGAAUUCUGACAGUGCUGCCCUGCAGGGAGCUGUCAUCCCAGGCCCGCCAUUUUUAUUUGGAGCAUGUAUAGUUCUUAUGUCUUUUCUGGUUGCCUUAUUCAUCCCUGAAUACAGUAAAGUCAGUGGAACUCAAAAACACAGCAGCAGUGGCACUGGCAGCCUGACCAGCACCCCCGAACGGGGCAGCGGGGAAGACAUUGAGCCUCUGUUGCAAGACAGCAGCAUCUGGGAGCUUUCCUCUUUUGAGGAGCCUGGGAAUCAGUGCACUGAAUUAUGAACUCUGCAGGAAGGGGAUUCUGCUGACCCACGACCCUGAGAGCCAUGGAGGGAGCUGCACAUGGAGGCUUCGUGGUGCUGGAGGGCAGAUGCUAAGCGGCAUCCUUCAGGGACAAGUAGGAGGAGCAACUCCCUCCAUCCCUUUCUUCCUCUUCCUCUUCAGUCUUUCUCUCUCUUAUGUUGUACAUUAUUAGAACAAGGUAAGGUUUCAGAUACUUUCCUGCAAAUGAUGUGCAACUCUCAAAGUUACCUAGAAUCCAAACUUCAGAAUAGAAACCUCAAAUAGAAAAGGUCGUAUCUCUGAUGAAAGGAUAGCUUUUCUCUAGGAACUGUGGAAUAGGAGCAGCUAUGGUCUUUCCGGGCCCUUUGUAGCAGACGGCACAGGAUUGUGGUGGACUGCCUUUUCUGGCAAGAUGUCAGGUGAAGAACUUUGUUUUCUUCCUUCCUGCUUCUUUGAGGUAUUCCCACUUAGCCCAUAGGUAUGGAGAGUGGCCACUCUCAAGAGUCACUCAGUAUCAGGGACCUGUUGCCUUUAUCCAAAGGUCAAACAAAAACUUUCUUUUUUUUUUCUCCUUGUAUUUUCUCUACUUCCUAUGCUUGGCUAAAAUGAACAUUAGUAAUGUUGAUUAGUGAUUGCCUUUACCAGAUGAAGGGAGUUCUUCUCUUCUGUUUAAAUCAUGUAGAACUCAGAUUCCUGGACCUGAGUUCAGCGUCCUGGUCAGAUCUGAGUGUUUUUACAGAAGAAAAACACAUCAUGCAUCCUGGUAGCAACAAAUUGUGGAGGGUGCUUCUAAGAAAGACUUGAACAAUGUGAACAUUCCUAAGAAGACUAGAGGUAGUAACUGGAUCCCAGUGGAGUUUAUAUCCAAGUUCAGACUCCUAAUACAUUAUUACUGUUUCCCCAUGUCCUGCUCCUCAGACAUUUCUCACCCUUCACACUCCUGCCUUAACUGCUUGGUAGUGUGCAUUUCUUUCCAGUUAAUCUUUUAUCUCAAUCUGUUACGAGUUUUGAAUCUUAUAGGAAAACGCACAUCAAAUUCCUUUCUAAAAUAUGAGGGUUUAGUGAAACUCAGUUUCACAAUAAGUGUCUUGCUAAUUUUUCAAGAUGUUUUAUGGACAAAGAACACUUUACAGAUUUAUAUGUAUUUUGCUGCAAAAGUAAAUGGACCAUUAACUAGGGCCUACCUUUAACAGAGCACUCCUUUGAAAGUUUUAUAGAUAUGAAAUAUAUGUAGAUAUUUGUAAGGGAUUUUAAUUUUUUUGAUGGGGUGCUGUGUAUAUCUUGUAUUUAUAAAUGUAAUGAAGGUAUUGACAAAAUAUAUAUACAACUUUUAUAAAGGAUUGUGUACUGACUGAAUACAUUUAAAAAUAUAUAUUUUGAAAUCUGUUCUGCCAUGAACAGAGAUAACAUAUCUUUUUACUAUGCUGUUGGGUUUUUAGGUUAAGCUUCCUAAUGCAUAAUAAAUUUGCCAUGGAUA